GUCAGGAAGAGCCGCAGCCCUUCCACGCCGGAGAGCAGAGAGGCGCUGGGGCAGGAGCCACGGGAUCGCACCCCUCCACGCCAGACGAGAUGAAGCAGCUCUUCCUCCUCUUCCUCCUUGGGCUCAUCGCCAGCUCCCUGCAGAUUGAAGACAACAAGAUCCCUGGGUUGUGCUCAGGGCAGCCAGGCAUCCCGGGUACCCCAGGCCUGCAUGGGGGCCAGGGUCUGCCAGGCAGAGACGGACGAGACGGCCGGGACGGGGCGAUGGGGAUGCCGGGGGAGAAGGGCGAGAUGGGCCCUCCUGGAGCGCCUGGUCCCCGCGGGGAGGUGGGCAGCCCCGGCGUGGAUGGCAUGCAUGGAGAGAAGGGGGCGCAGGGCGAGUGCGCGGUGGCCCCCCGCUCGGCCUUCAGUGCCAAGCGCUCCGAGUCGCGCAGCCCGCCGCUGGCCGACCAGCCCAUCCGCUUCGACGUGGUGCUCAUCAACGAGCAGGGCCACUACGACCCCACCACAGGCAAGUUCACCUGCGAGGUGCCUGGCCUCUACUACUUCGCUGUCCACGCCACUGUCUACCGUGCCAGCCUCCAGUUCGACAUCAUGAAGAACGGCCAGUCCAUUGCCUCCUUCUUCCAGUACUACGGGAACUGGCCCAAGCCCACCUCGCUCUCGGGGGGGGCCCUGGUCCGCCUGGAGCCUGAGGACGAGGUGUGGGUGCAGGUGGGCGUGGGGGACUACAUCGGCUUCUACGCCAGUGUCAAGACGGACAGCACCUUCACCGGCUUCCUCGUCUACUCCUACUGGCAAAACUCCGCCGUCUUCGCCUGA